AUGGUGGUCUCUGCCCCGCUCACCGCCCUGGGGUUCGGGCUGGGCAUCGCCAUGGGGCUGGUGGGGGUGUGCGUCCUCGCCUUGCUGUGCCGGUGUCUUAGGAGGAAACAGGACAAGUUGGGCCUCCAGGGAUCAUUGAGAGACAUGGUGUGGACUGUGCAGCCGCUCCCAGUCAAGAAGACGACAGAAGCUGUCCAGCCAAAGACACUGCUGACGUCUCCUGCAGGUUACACUCCCAAACCUGCAGGCACCUCAGCCCAACUCAUCAACGUCACCAACUGCACACUGGGCACAGGGCAGGAGCCUCCGUCCUCCGGGCCGGGAGAGGCCGGGAUGGGAGAGGCCGGGCCGGGAGAGGCCGGGAUGGGAGAGGCCGGGGAGCCCAGCUUAUUGAUGGAUGUGGCUGAAGACCUGAUAGCUGUUCCCACCAUCGCCACUGCAGAUGAGGUUUCCUUUGGGGACGAGGCGGAGUGGGAGGUGCCGGGGGGCUGGGGGCCCAUGAAGCUACACUACGCCCUCAAGCACAGCUGCAGCAAGUCUGAGUUCCACGUGACAGUGAUUGAAGCCGCCCACAUACAGGCCGUGGAGGGCGCGGGCCCCGGCAACUGCUAUGUGGUGGGGACGCUGGUGACCGAGCUGGGCAGGGCUGAGGCCAAGACGUCUGUGCAGGCCGGGAGGCGGGGGCCGGUGUGGGAGGAGACGUUGGUAUUCCCACUGUCGGAGCAGCACGUGAGGAGCGGGAGCCUGCAGCUGGCCCUAUACGGCUGCGAUCGCUAUUCCAGGCGGCACUGUGUAGGCACGGCCGAGGUCAGCCUACGGCGCAUGGCACUGAUGGUGAGGACGGACACCUGGCAUUGCCUGAAGCCCCCUGAACAGAGCUCACCCGCCUCCUGUGCCGAGGUCCUGCUCUCCAUCAGUUACCUGCCGGCAGCUAACCGGCUCAUCGUGGUCGUCCUGAAGUGCCGGCACGUGAACCCCGGCACCAGCGCAGCACAGCCCAUCGACGUGUGGGUGAACCUGACGCUGACCCACGGAGGCUGCAGACUGCGGAGGAAGAGGACCAGGCGUGUGCGGCAGGGGCUGAGGCCGGUGUGGAACGAGCUGUUGGUGUUGGCGUUGCCCGGGGAGGCGCUGGCACACUGCGCGCUGGGCCUCGAGCUGCUGAGCCAGGACAGCACCGGCCAACGCCUGUCCCUGGGUCACUGCUGCCUGAGCCUGGCCUCCAGCGGCUCCCACCGCACUCACUGGCAGGACAUCCUCAACAGCCCCAGGAGGCAGGUCGCCAUGUGGCAUAAACUGCCCCCCUGA